AUGAAUAAAUCCCUGACUUUGCAUCAAUCAUCAGAAAAUGACCCACGCCCCAUCAUCAAUGAUCUCCACCCAAUAGAGCUUGCAGCCCACUCACUAUUAACUGGUCCUUUAGAUACACUUGGUGACAAUUUCGAGCUGUUAAACCAAUCGCAAAUCAUAUUACUAACAAGACUUCGAGUUAUGGAAAGUCGAUUGAAAAAUUUCAAGCAGUUGGUUGAAUCUAAUGAUAUUGGCGAAAAACAUUUGGUGUCUCAAUUUACCAAGAUUAAAGAGUUAUCGGAUCGAUUGAGUAAGAGUUUGAAACAAUUAGAUAAGAUUGAUUCUCGAGUAUCGCGGAUGAAUGAAUAA